AUGACGGUGCGAAAAGGAAAGCGAAUGACCAUCUCCAUCCAGGAGCACAUGGCAAUAAAUGUCUGCCCUGGUCCUAUACGACCAAUCAGGCAAAUCUCAGCCUAUUUCCCCCGCCUCUCCCCAACCUCUUCCAUAUCUGAUUCGCUUUCGCCGAACCAGGCUGGGGUAGCGCCGACAGGGGGUGUUGGAGCCACUGGGAGUGGUGGUCUACUAUCCCCUCUGUCACCAGGGGCAACAGGAGGAGGAGGAGGAGGAGGAACACUGUCAAUGAUGAGUAGCAUGGACACAUCCAUAGAGAUUGACAGCUGUGACAGUGAUGAUAAUACAUCUUUGGGCACUCUGGAAUUUGACUUACUUUAUGAAAGUGCCACAAGUUCCCUGCAUUGCACUGUUCUCAGAGCAAAGGGUCUCAAGCCCAUGGAUUUUAACGGCUUGGCUGAUCCUUAUGUGAAGCUGCACCUGCUCCCUGGUGCCUGCAAGGCAAAUAAACUGAAGACUAAGAUUGUGAGAAACACCCUUAACCCAGUGUGGAAUGAGACUCUUACGUACUGUGGCAUUACAGAGGAAGACAUGUACAGGAAAACACUCAGGGUUUCAGUGUGUGAUGAGGACAAGCUGACACAUAAUGAGUUCAUUGGGGAGGCGAGAGUGGCCCUGCGAAGAGUCAAACCUGACCAGCCUAAACACUACAACAUCUGUCUGGAACAUCCUCCUCCGCUUCCCUCCCCCACUGCCAUGAGUGCAGCACUCAGGGGAAUCUCCUGCUAUCUGAGAGAGUGGGAGAGUGAGCAACAGAGGAGUCUGGAGGAGAGGGGUCGACUGCUCCUCUGUUUGCAGUUCCUGCCCCCGGCUCCACUCCCAGAGGGUGAGACCAAGGCUGAGGCCAAAGAGAGGGCCAAAGGGGGCCUAUGUGUGGGUGUCCGCCGAUGUGCUCACCUGGCUGCCAUGGACGUCAAUGGUUUCUCAGACCCCUAUGUCAAAAUAUACCUCAAGCCCGACCUGAAGAAGAAAUCAAAACAUAAAACUGCUGUCAUCAAAAAGACCCUCAACCCAGAAUUUAAUGAGGAAUUUUUCUAUGAGAUCACAUUCACUGAAUUGUCCAGUAAGACACUUGAGGUCACAGUGUGGGACUAUGACCUGGGAAAGUCUAAUGAUUUCAUCGGGGGUGUGUCUCUGGGCUGUCACUCACAGGGUGAUGCCCUUCAGCAUUGGAUAGACUGUCUGAAGAACAAAGGCCAGAAGGUGGAGCGUUGGCAUACACUAACCAAUGAGCUGCCAGGAUCUACAUUUCAUGAAUGA